CUUGCUUGUGUUUUGGUUCGUUUCGCUGGAGGAAAGAAGCCUGGAAGAUGCGAUUUCGGAGGGUUUUUUGACACUCGAAAUCCGGUGAAAAUCCCGAGGCGUGGGUGAAACUACGGGUGGUCCCAGCAACGCCGAUAAUUAAUAUCGCUUUGGAGAGGCUGAACCCGAGCAUGAAUAUUUAUGAAAUGUCCAAUUUCAAAGUCAAUUAUUCACAUGGGCUAAAAUCUGCAUAAAAUUUGGAAUUGAAAGUCAAGGAGGAUGAGGCAAACAGUGAUUUGGUGUUUGGUGUUCUGCGUCCUGCUGGACAGAGCCAUGGCCAUCCUGAACGGCACCUACGCCAACUCGGAACCUGAAGACUCUGGCAGGAAGAGGAGCAAAAUUCGGUCCAAUUUUUGCUACAUGAAAACCACCACCAUCUGCGAGAACAUCAACAGCACUUCAGUGGGAACUGCUGGCCUGCCUCCGACUCUGUGGUGUCUCGGCACAAAGCUGCCCUACACCACAGUCAGCCUUGACCUUCUCCCGAGUGUUACCAGUUUGACAGAAAUGCUGGAAAUCGUCGAGUCCUGGGAAGUGUUGAGCCGAAUUCCAAAGUGCUGGGCCGUGGUCCAGCCUCUGAUCUGUGCCUACCACCUGCCGCAGUGCAUCAACGACAAUCUCAUUCUGCCUCCGGAAGAAAUGUGCCUCAUAGCUCAAGGACCGUGCAAACUGCUCAAAGCAAGUCCCAAAGGCUACCCCGAGUUCCUCAACUGCAGCAACCGAAAUAUUUUCCAAAAAGAUUGCAAGGACAAUUUUCGAGAACUGAAAUUCAACACGACCUCAACCUGUCCCUUUCCAUUGGUUCCUGUGCCUCCGCCUUCAGGAAUCACAAUGUACACUGAUCCUCAGAGACACUACCCCAGCAUCGAAGGCUGUAGUCUGCCCUGCGAAACUCCCUUGUUCUCUCCCGAUGAAUUGGAAAGACUCCAAAGGCUGAUUGCUUGGGGUGCAUCUUUUGCUGUCCUCCUGAAUCUCUUUGUAGUUCUGACGUUUAUUGUGGAUUGGGGAUCAUCAGCACGGUACCCAGCUCUAAUUGUUUUUUACCUCAACUUGUGCUGUAUGAUUUCGAACUUUGGCUGGCUCAUUCAAUUCAUCCCUGGAGCAAGGUCUGAUAUUCUCUGCAGGAAAGAUGGAACGGCCAGAGGGGCAGAGCCAAGUAUGGGAGAAAAUUUAUCCUGUGUUUUGGUCUUUGUGAUUGUUUACUACUUCUUAAUGGCUGCCCUGGUUUGGUUUGUCGUAUUUGCUUACUCCUGGCACACGAGCUUCAAAAAUGCUGGUUUGAAAAAAGUGAGCACCGACAAUCGGAGUGCCUAUUACCAUUUGGCCGCUUGGUCGUGGCCGAUGGUCUUGACCAUCAUCACCUUGGCCAUUGGUGAGGUCUAUCCGGACAGCAGUUCUGGAAUUUGUUUUGUCGGCACGGCUGGAGGCAGCAUUUGGGGUGCUGGAAGUUUCAGCAUCUUUGCUAGAGGAAUGCUUCUCGUAGGCCCCGUUUUGCUUGCCUCAAUUUUAGGAGGAUUUUUCUUGGUCAGAGGAAUGGUCAUGCUCGUACAGAUCCAGAUUAAAUCCAAGGACCAAGUUUCUCACAGAGCAAUUCAACAAAUUCAAACCAUGGUUGUACGUCUUGCCAUCUUCUCCAUUGGCAUCUUUUCCCUUCUAUUUCUGACCCUCUCAAGUCAUGUCUACGAAUUUAGACAUGCACAGAGCUGGCAAUCAGCACUUGAAGAAUCAAUAAUGUGCCGCACUCUUGAAAAGGAUUCGCCCUGCCCUUUGAGCUCAAAACCGAGCUUGUCCAUUGUGCAGCUGCACAUUUUGGCACCAUUUUUUCUCUCAAUCUUGGUGGCAUCUUGGCUUUUCAAUUCUCAGAGCAAAGAGACGUGGAAGCGUGUUUUGCAGAAGAAGAUCCCUUGUUGCAUUGCGCCUUACUAUGUAGACCCAGUGGCUUUGAAUGCAAUGGAAAGACACAGAAUUGGAGACACCCAGGAACGCCCAACCAGAGAUAUCAACUUACAAAAGCACAAAGUAAUUGCCAGGGCGUUUGCUAAGAGAGGAAUUUUCAAAAACGAAGGACGGCUUUCCUUCAGUUUUCGUAGCUCACAUGGUGACCCUGUUGGAAUGAAUUUUGAUAUGAAUUCUCAGCCUUCGUCCAAAGGAUUUAGUUCCUCGUGGGCUAACAAGUUGCCGCGCUUGAUGAAAAGACGAGGAGCUUUUCCUAAGUUUGAUUCUGCUUCGACUGUGGGUAGAAACUCUGUGGAGUCUGACGUUGGAAUGAGCUUUAGACAGGUUUCGGUGGAGUCAAGACGGAAUUCUAUGGACUCUCAAGUGUCCAUCACAAUUUCUGAAGUUGUUGCGAGACACCAAACACGAGGAAGUAGGUCAAGACAAAAGCAUGGAGGUCAUAGUUCAAAACAUCAUCCUAGGACGCGCCACAGACAUCGAGACAAGAGAAGCAAAUGGGGCUCCCGAUCCAGCCAAAUGGAUCAAGUUUCUCAAGUGGAGUUUCACACUUCACAAAUUGAGUCCUCCAGGCGCUGCAGCAUUAGCUCAGUUGACAGCCAAAAUCCUAAUGGACUUAACAAAUUCUUACAAGCAAUUCAGCUGCCUGGGCCGUCAGGCCUUGACAACUUUAAUCUUCGACCAUCAUCUCGACAGCUGAUGCAACGAAGGGCAGCUUUGACUGAAGCCCCCAGUUCAUCUCUAAUGGCCAGACUUCAGUUGCAUGAAGACAGUGACAUUUCCGACGAAGAAAGUAACAGCCGAAAUGGAGAGCAUAUUGAGAUGUCCACCAUAUCAGCACAGCCAGAACAUGGACCAAAAAUUGUAGAAAUUGUAGAUGACAUUCCUCAUAAUGCAAAGAUAAGCAGUGAAGACUCGUCAGAUGAGUCUUCCUCGUCCAGUUCUUCUGGCAGUGAGCCACAAAUACUAAAUGGGCAUUACCAUCCGAAGAGAAGCACCGAUUCAAAGAAAAUGAAUGGAUCAACGAUGAGCAAAAGAAAUAUCAAAUUAAAAUCUCGUGCCUCCCGAAACUCAAACAAGCGUGACUUGGACUCAUCUUCAAGCUCGGCCGAAGAAGAAACUCCAUUCCUGACAACUGUGGCUCAAGUCACGGCCAGCAGAGAUUCGGCAGAAUCUCAAUCUGAUGCCAAUGUAGUGACCAGAGACAUAGGCGUCCAGGUCAGUUUCGAGCCCGAGACAAAGAAGAAAUCGCCACGCAGGAGAAACAAAGAUCUGGCAAAAAGUUUUCACGCUCAGACCCAAACUUCAGAUGUGCCCUCGAAGAGCAGCAGGAGCAAAAGUGCUGGGGUUUAUUGAAUCCCUGAAACUUGAUUAUUUAAUGUAAUAUGUUAUUAUAUAACUGUGCAAUACUUUAAGUGCUAUUUUUCUGGAUCUCUUAUUUUUAAGUUUGUACAGAUACUGAAACCAUGACCCAAAUACCUGGUGCAAUACUCAUUUUGUGCAGUAUAUUUCUCAUUUUUGUGUGGAAAUAUUAAACAUUGACAUUUAAACUGACUGUCCACAAGGAAAUGCAAUUGAUUAUUGUAUUGUACUCAACUUUUAAUUUGAAUAUUUUAAGUGAUUUUAAGAAAGAUAAUUUAAUUUUUAUAUAAUUACACUGUAUGCCCUUACAAAUUAUUCUUAAGAUAAUAA